AUGGCGCUAAUAAAUGCUUAUCGAAGACGCAUAAAGCGAGUAAAUUCGCAGCCAUUAAACGAGCAUAAAACUCGAUCGGGCCGAAACGAAAUUGUGGGGCCGACAAAUCAAAGUACGAGCCUCAGAGCCUCAGGUCCAUCCGUUUUCCCCUUUCCCCUAUUUCCUUGGCACGAAAUAAAACCAGGCAACAAUGAAACCCAAAGCGGCUCCCAAGCGAUUUCGAUGCGGGCAUUCGUCGGUCGGACCAAGGAAUUGGCCACCCAGACCCAAAACCCAAACCCCCAGAGAACCUUCCUUGAGUCCCCACCCGCAGCACCUCCUGCGCCCCAUUUCAACUCCCCCUGCCCGCGCCAACACUCGCUAUAUAACCAUCUUACCCAACGUUGA